CACACACACACACACACACACACACACACACACACACAGUGUGACAGGUAGACAGACUUAAAAGAAGCUGCAGCUGCAGAGUGACACAGAUCUGAUCUAGUGGACUCAACAUGUCUUUAGAUGGGACUAAAUUAUUGCUUGAAGGCUUCCUGCAGAAAAGAAAAGACACUAUGAAAAUCAGAUGGGUGACGUAUUGGUUCAGGCUUCAAAAUACAACUUUAUUCUUCUACACACAGAAGAACGGCAGCGCUUCACACCUGAGAGGACAUUACUACAUUUACACAGUUCAGUCGGUGCGAGACGUCCAGAGAGUCGACAACAAACGCUUCAUGUUUGAGAUCAUCAUGAACAGCGGGAAGAGGAAACUGUUGGCAGCAGAGACAGCAGCUCUCAGACAGCAGUGGGUCGGAUCUCUGUGGCAGGCCAUGAACCUCUCCACCUCGCUGCUGUCAGACUCCAGGAGAUUACAGCUGAAGGUGUGUGAGCAGCAGAGAGAGAGGCUGAACAGCAGCGCUCCCCUCUGCUCUCUGUCUGACAGAGUGAUGGAGUCUCUGCCUCCUCGGCCCCUCUCGGCCCCGGACCCCACAGGCUUCACCCACCAACACCCCCCCACCACCUCCUCCACCACCUCCCCAUCUGAGGAGGAGGAGAACCAAGAGGAGAACCCGUACCAGAUGCCUCGUCCAGUCCUCAGCUACCAGCACCACAACGGUGACGGCCCACAGUGGUCCGCUGGGCUGAGAGAUGCAGAGGAAGGAGACUACGACAUCCUGCCACUUAGAAACAAGGUUUGUGAGAUCAACGAGUCACCAGAAACUGAUGAAGGCGUCUAUGACGUUCCUCUGUCCUACAGGAGAACCCAUCAACAUCACAACCCGACAGAGAGCGUCUAUGACGUGCCGAGCUCCCUGAUGAUGAGGAUGAUUCCUGAUCACACCAGAGAGGAGCAGCAGGACGACGGCGUCUACUGGGCGCUCUGA